CAUGUUUAAUAUUUACAGAGCGACUGAAGUUUUAUCACUGCACAUGUGCCAAUAGAAACAAACCAAAAUCUGUCAUUUCAUCGUGUCGUUUAUUAUUAAUGCAAUUAUUAGAUAAUAAUUGAGUAUCCGGAAUUUUAUUUACAAAAUUCGUGAUGUGUGAACCGUACUAUCUAUAUUUGUAGUUUACCAUUAGGUACGAGUGGCACCGAGGACUAGAAAAAUAUUAGGGCUGAAUUAUUAAUUGUUAAUUAACGAGGUUAAGGGUCAUUGAAAGGAUGGCUCUUAUCCGUAUCGAUGACAAUGAUCCCUGGUUAUUGGAGUAUGAUGCCUGCGAGAAGCUUUUUCGAGAUAUCAUGGAAGAACUGACGAUGCGUAAUCGAGAAGUGAGAACUUCUCAAGCAUUUGCAGCCUUAUCGGCGAACAUCCGUUUUCGGAUGAAGCAGUACAACGCUGAAGUAAGACAGUUAAGGAAGAAAGUCGAAGAGGCUUCAAAGUUUAGAACAAUUACUGUAGAAGAAGCUGAACGUAGGUCAAGACAGAUUGAACAAUUGGAAAGCAAAGAAGUUCAAUUACAACGAUUAUACGAAUCGAGAUCUACAGACUUGGCUGUAGCACGUGCCGAUUUAAUGAGGUCUAGUACAUCAGCAUUUGCAGAUAGAGGGACAACUAGUUGGGGUAUCGACAACGACGACGAUCAACCAAUUGAUGUACACGUAUCUAUUGAUGAUUUAAAGAAGCGACAACAACAAAUGCUACAAGAACAAGAAGAUGGUUUAGCGGAAUUAUCGAAAGUAAUUUCUAGACAGAAGAAUAUUGCACAGGCUAUUAAUAGUGAAGUGGAUCAUCAAAAUGAGAUAAUCGAAGAUCUAGCGGAUCAUAUGGAGAAAACCGAUGAACGUUUAAUCGAUGGCACGCGACAUAUACGAAGGACUAAUUGGUCAGACUCCGUCUGUAUCUAUUGGGUUAUCAUAAUUUUACUUUUUAUCAGUAUUAUCGCGACUGCUUUGGCAUAACGGUAUAACGUAUACAGUGCAGUGCACUACUUACUUUUAAACUAUGCUAGCUAGAAUAAUUAUACAAACAGAUGUCUAUAAUUUUGGAUAAUUUGUAAUAGUAUGAAGGGAUCUCUGUGUGUAUCCGUCAUGAUCAUAUGUUAUUAAUAUAUUUUUCAUGUUAAGUAUAUUAAGCUGAUAAAAUUUAUCAAUUUUAAUGAUGGUAUAAAACGUGUAUUUGCAAAAAUUUGUGUUACAAAGUCCACCAGCCUGAAUAACUACUGCUUGAAAACAAUUGAAUUCUGAGCUGAGAAUAUAACACAUAAUUGACCAAUGAUUGAUUAACUUGCAUUUAGAAAGAAAUUUUUAUCCAGUUACUUAAAUGUAAGUAAUUAAGGCCCUAUCAGAGGUGUGGUAUCAACGGAAUUAAUAACGGAGAUUAAGAUAAUUGGCUUCUAAGUAUUGUUAAAAAUGCGUAAUUUCUAGGUUGUUUUAAUAUCAUAACAAUUACAAAUUAGUAGCAUAAUUCACCGAUUGAAAUUUGUUAUUCCCUUAAAUUAGUUUGAUAAAGAUCAGAUUUUGCAGUUGCGGACAUUCACUUAAAUAAAUUGAUAUUUUUACAAGAAUGCACUACUGUUACGCUUAGCAUUGGCUUUACCUUGUGACAUGUAACAUUGUAUAAACGGUAUAAUAUAGUAAUAUAUAUCUAA